AUGGCACCAAACCUGCGCUCGAGUUCUCGUGCUACUUCGAAUAACUCUCGUCCAUCGACUCCGAUAACCACUCUCCCAGCGUCGGAAUUCACCGAAUCCGCACGCCCUCGCAAGCAACGGCGCACUGGCCGCAACUCGCGCAUCGGGAUCGAGAUUCUUGACGAUUCCCGCGACAACACAGCAGAGCCCCAGCCCCUGGGACCGUCCAGCACUUACAAAACAAACGCUGACAAAGAUCUCUGUAACCGAAAGCUGGACGCGGAGAUGUCGGUCAAUGGGAAGCUGUCGAUCGAUCAGCUGAUCGCCAAUUCAGACUGGCCGGAACCCACCAUGAGAGACCCCCAGCCAAGCUUCAAGGACUACCCUUGGUCGAGUGCCUGGUACGGUCAGAAUCCCGCCCUCUUGUCCAUGCGACCUUUGGGUCAAUCGCCUUCGGUCGCCGACAAACGCAAAGCUGGAAUCAAAAUACCGAAACCGGUCAAGGAGGCUAUUAAAGAGGUCAAAGACCUCAAGAAGGGAUCGAAGAAGGUUGUCAGCCAAGGAAACCUUGUAUCUGGAAGUGAUACUCCCGUGACCAUCGCCGACCCAACCUCGCUCCCGAUUUUUCCCUCUAAAGAAUAUGACGUCGAGAAACUCCGGUCUGUGGUGCAAGUUGCCCUUCGUGUCGCCGAAGAGGCUGGAAACCGAGCUGUCACACAGGGUCUUCGGCACCUGUGGGAUCAAGGCUCCUCGGAUCCUUUCGCGCUUUCUAUCCUGGAUAGCGUGAUGAGAAAGAAUCCCGACUCGGUCCAGAAGGCUAUGUUCAAGGUAGUCAUGAGGGAUGCUUACAAAAGCAGCAUUCUCUCUAAAGAUGCUCUUGUUCCGGCUCUAGUCAACCGUUCUCUGUCUACAGCCAGCGCUAGUUCUCUGUCAUCGGCAAAAUCGGCCGAACCCAAGGCAACUGAAACCCCUGCGAUAGGGACUCCUGUUACCAGAGGAAGGAAACGAGCUCGCGACUCGGAAGUGCUGCCCGCCCCGGCCUCGAAUACAGACGAUGCCGCUGAUCAGAAACAGCAGGUAGAUGAAGCCAUGGAUGAAGAAGUGGAAGACGCGGCAUCAAUCGCGAAACGUACACGACGCGACAACUUCCCCGAAAUCACAAGGGAAAGCCGGAUUCGAUCUUCCUUGAGCGCGGACAGCUCGUCGGAUUCGUCAUUUGAUGACAGCGUGGUCGAGGUUCGAAAAACGAGAAAUCGGCGGCGUUCCACUAAGACUGCUGCUCCGCGCGACGAAGGACCUGAAAAUAAUGACAAUUGUCGACAGUGUGCGCGCUCCGGAAACCUACUAUGCUGUGAUGGGUGUGUCAAUUCGUAUCACUUCUCAUGUCUUGACCCCCCUCUGGACCCUGCCAAUCCCCCCGAGGGACAAUGGUUCUGCCCGUCAUGCCAAAUGCGGAAUUCGUUUGGUUCUCUUGUCCAGACUCUCGAACAGGAAGAACACGACUUCCAGCUCCCUACCAAUAUUCGCGAAUACUACCAGGGCGUGCAAACCGGCAAAGGAGGAGUGUAUCAGCAAGUGGCCACCAACCUGAGAAGCGGACCUCAUGGUAGGGGUAGACGCGAAGGAAAGGCCGAACUAGAGUAUAUGACCCGACUAUUCGAUGCCAAGGGAAAGAUCAUCGUCUGUGUUUCUUGUGGGUUGACAUCAAAUGGUACACGCCCCAUGAUUCAAUGCGACUAUUGCCCGUGCUGGUGGCAUAUUGAUUGCACAGAUCCUCCUUUGUCAAAUCCACCAAAACAGCUGCACCCCAGUGACAAGACUUUUCACAACUGGAUGUGUCCUAAUCACAUUGACCACGAGCUCCAUGUUAAUAGUAGCGAUAACGAGACAUAUACCAGUAAAUCUCGCAUUCGACGACCCAGAAACGCUCGCGUGAUCGAUGUCGAUAUCUUGCCUGAGGAUUCAGAGGUUGAAGAGCUGCAAGAAACCGAGUCCCAAGGAAUCGUUUAUCGAGUUUCGGAGCAUGGAGUGAAGCUCAACUUUAUCGAGCGCGUUAGGAUAGAGAACGUUCAGGCUGAUGUUCGAGCUGCUGGAGCCAAAAUGUACAGCGAUCACGCAUGUAAGAAGCUGGACGAACUGGUUGAGCGAGCAACAGAGUUUUACAAAUCUGCCGCUCCGCAGAUUUCAUCAGAUAUCGAAGCAGCAGCAUCGAUAUUGAGUUCCCGGUCUUCGGCAGACCGCGAGGCUAUUGCCAACCUCGUCUCAUUUGCGACUCAGGGCAGCGACACUCAAGAUUCUCAACCUCAACCUAUACAGCCAGACCGAGUCAAUCAUCUGAUUGAUGCACUGCUUGCUUCCUCGGAAGUUGGUGCGCCUCGCGCUCAGACGGAGCUGGAGUCCCUUGAGGCCCUCAAAGAGUUGAUCACUCGCCGCAUCGGGACUCUUCAGUCAUCUCCAUGA